UCCAGUCACCCCUGUCAUCCAGUGUGAAAUGGACUAUUCCUGAACUUUCCAUCGGAGUUCGCAAAGUGACGGAGAAGAGAGCAGGUGGAUGAAAACGGGAAGGCAAACUGUCUGAAUAUUGUAGAUAGUUUGUAGAUUUAGAUACAUAGUCCAAAUUAGAGGAGUUCUAUCGAUUGUGCGUGUGCGUGCAUCACAACGGGGCUGACAGGAGCCAGUUUCUUCAGUGUGUUUGAGGGAGCACAGGAGAAACUUUGGUGCUGAAUUAAUUCAUUUUUUGGGCAAACAAAGUGAUGGAAAACUGUCUGACACUUAUUUUUUUGUCUUCACUGGUUACACUCAUCACUGCUAACAGUGUGAAUGUGAGGCUGGUGAAUGGUGACAGUCGCUGUGCUGGACGAGUGGAGGUUCUUCAUGAUGGUCAGUGGGGAACAGUGUGUCAUUAUUCCUGGGAUCUGACUGAUGCUGCAGUGGUGUGUAGAGAGAUGAGCUGUGGAGAGGCUUUACAAUCACCAGGAAUUUCUUACUUUGGACGAGGAUCAGGAAAAAUCUGGAUGGAUAGAGUGCAGUGUAAUGGAUCAGAGUCUACACUGAAGGACUGUAGAUCAAGAGGAUGGGGUAAACAUGAUAGCGGCUGUGCCUAUCAUAAUUAUGAUGCUGGAGUCAGAUGCUCAGAAACCAUAAACUAUGGACGAUUUACAAGACUUGCUGAUGGACCUCACCUGUGCUCCGGGAGGUUAGAGGUGCUUUAUGGGAACACGUGGUACUCAGUGUGUGACGCUGCCUUUGACCAGAAGGAUGCAGAGGUUGUGUGUAGAGAGCUGGACUGUGGGGCUCCUGUACAGGUGCUGGGAGCAGCUGCUUUUGGUAAAGGAGACGCUCAGAUGUGGAAACAAGAGAUUCAGUGCAGAGGAAAUGAAUCACACAUUCGAUCGUGUCCAACUUCAAAUGACAUAAAGUGCUCUCAAGACAACAACGUGGGACUGAUAUGUUCUGGUUACACUGAUCUCAGGCUUGUAAACGGUCCUGACAUCUGUUCUGGUCGAGUUGAACGUCAGUUCCUCAAUGAGUGGGGCACAGUGUGUGAUGCAUGCUGGGAUAUGAGAGCUGCCAGUGUCCUCUGUAGACAG